UCCCCACGCCGUGCUUCCGGUUAAGCAAAGCGUGAUCAGCCGUGCUCAGUCUCUCUUCCCUUCUUUGACUCACAGUAGAGGCGUCUCGUAGGACUCUCCCGGUUCCUUUACCUCUCUCUCUCUUCCCUCCCCGAUCGGAAUAAUCAUCCAGGCCAGCGGACAUGGCAUCUGCACCCGCACAGGUUCAGUCCAACCAGGCUUCAGCUCCGCAGCUGCAGAGAGGAAUAGUGAAGAUGGUCUUGUCUGGUUGUGCUCUCAUUGUGAGGGGCCAGCCACGAGGAGGCCCUCCUCCUGAGCGGCAAAUCAAUCUGAGCAACAUCCGCACUGGAACUCUCGCCCGGCGCGCCAUUCAGGGCCAACCAGAUACUAAGGACACACCAGAUGAGCCGUGGGCUUUCCAAGCACGAGAGUUCCUGCGUAAGAAGGUGAUUGGUAAAGAAGUCUGUUUCACUGUGGAGAAUAAACCCCCUCAAGGCAGAGAAUAUGGCAUGGUGUACCUGGGCAAAGAUCUUUCAGCUGAAAAUAUCGCUGAGUCCCUGGUGGCCGAAGGUCUCGCCACAGUGCGCAGAGAGGGCAUCAGAGGGAAUAAUCCUAACCAGGUCAGGCUGUGUGAUUUGGAAGACCAGGCAAAGUCUGCUAAAAAGGGUAUCUGGUCUGAGGGUGGAGGUUCACACACCAUUCGAGAUUUGAAGUAUACUAUCGAGAACCCUCGCAAUUUUGUGGACUCACUCCACCAGAAACCAGUCAACGCCAUUAUUGAGCAUGUUCGUGACGGGUGUAUGGUUCGAGCUCUUCUGCUGCCUGACCACUAUCUGGUGACAGUCAUGCUGUCUGGAGUCAAGUGUCCAACGUUUAAACGGGAGCCAGACGGCAUCGAGACCCCUGAGCCCUUCGCAGCAGAGGCAAAGUUCUUUACGGAGUCGCGGCUUCUUCAGAGAGAUGUUCAGAUUAUUCUGGAGUCCUGCCCCAACCAGCUCAUCUUGGGUACCAUCCUGCACCCGAACGGAAACAUCACGGAGUUGCUGUUGAAGGAAGGCUUUGCACGCUGUGUUGACUGGUCUAUGGCAGUGUACACUCAGGGUGCUGAGAAACUUAGAGCCGCGGAACGAUCAGCGAAAGAGCGUAAAGUAAGAAUCUGGAAGGACUAUGUUGCUCCAACAGCUAAUCUGGACCAGAAAGACAGACAGUUCAUAGCAAAGGUGAUGCAAGUCGUGAAUGCAGAUGCCAUUGUGGUUAAGUUGAACUCUGCAGAGUAUAAGACCAUCCACCUGUCCAGCAUCAGGCCCCCAAGGCUCGAAGGCGAGGAGAAGAACAAGGACAAAGACAAGCGUUUCCGACCUCUCUACGACAUUCCUUACAUGUUUGAGGCACGGGAAUUUUUGAGAAAUAAGCUCAUCGGGAAGAAGGUUAAUGUCAUGGUUGAUUACAUCAGAGCAGCCACUAAUUCCAUGGAAACGGGUGGUGUCCCUGCCUUUCCUGAGCGUACCUGUGCUACGGUCACCAUUGGAGGAAUAAACAUUGCUGAAGCUCUGGUCAGUAAAGGACUUGCCACAGUCAUCCGAUAUCGCCAGGAUGACGAUCAAAGAUCUUCUCAUUAUGAUGAGCUACUGGCAGCAGAGGCAAGGGCAAUCAAGAAUGGAAAAGGACUUCACAGCAAGAAAGAAGUGCCCAUUCACAGAGUGGCAGAUAUUUCAGGGGAGACACAGAAAGCCAAACAGUUCUUGCCGUUCCUGCAGAGAGCAGGUCGCUCUGAAGCUGUGGUGGAGUACGUGUUCAGUGGCUCUCGACUCAAGCUCUACAUGCCCAAAGAGACCUGUCUCAUCACCUUCCUACUAGCUGGUAUUGAGUGUCCCCGAGGGUCUCGAAACAUGCCAAGCGGGUUGCAGGUGGCAGAACCUUACAGUGAGGAAGCCACACUAUUCACUAAAGAGCUGGUUCUUCAGAGAGAGGUGGAAGUGGAGGUGGAGAGUAUGGAUAAGGCAGGGAACUUCAUUGGCUGGCUUCACAUCGAGGGCAUGAAUCUGUCAGUGGCUCUGGUGGAGAAUGCCCUAUCUAAGGUCCACUUCACUGCAGAGCGAAGCUCCUACUACAAGACUCUGCUGUCUGGGGAGGAGACCGCCAGACAGAGGAAAGAAAAGAUCUGGGCCAAUUACGAAGAGAAGCCGAAAGAAGAGGUGGCUCAGCUCACAGAGGAGAAGGAGCGUGUGGCCAAAUACAGACCAGUCUAUGUCACAGAGAUCACAGACGGACUGCACUUCUUUGCACAGGAUGUUGAGACUGGUACUCAACUGGAGAACCUGAUGGAGAGUAUGCGAGGAGAGAUUGCCGCCCAACCUCCAGUAGAAGGAUCUUUUGCCCCCCGCCGUGGAGAUUUCUGUAUUGCCAAGUUUGCUGACGGAGAAUGGUACAGAGCUCGUGUCGAGAAGGUUGAAUCCCAAGCAAAGGUUCACGUGUUCUACAUCGACUAUGGAAACAGAGAGAUAUUAUCCUCUACACGGCUUGCAACUCUCCCUCCGGCCUUCAGCACACGUAUACUUCCUCCACAGGCUACAGAGUACGCGUUUGCCUACAUUCAAGUCCCACAGGAUGAGGAUGCACGGGUCGAUGCCGUGGACAGUUUGGUCAGGGACAUUCAGAACACACAGUGUCUGCUGAAUGUGGAGUACAGUGGAGCCGUCUGUCCGCAUGUCACGCUGCAGUUCGCUGACUCAAAGGAUGACGCGGGUCUAGGUUUGGUGAAAGAGGGGCUUGUAAUGGUAGAUGUACGGAAAGAGAAACAUCUCCAGAAAAUGGUGACCGAGUAUCUGAAUACCCAGGAAUCUGCCAAAAGCGCAAGGCUCAACAUUUGGCGUUACGGAGAUUUUCGUGAUGACGACGCAGAUGAAUUUGGGUACAGACGCUAAGUCGCCAUUCCAACGACCUUGUAGAAGACCAGCUGCAUUUGCAGAGAACACAAUACACACUUAAAAUCAUGAAAUAAUCUUAAGAAAACACCAGUAUGCUUUUUUUUUUUUUUUGGAACAUUUGCAUCUUUCCAUUGUUUAAAUAUAUAUAUAUGUUUUGUGCAUAUCCUCUCUUCUGCCCAAGGACUUUGUUUCUUUUUUAAUUUUAUUUUUUUAAGCAAAUAGACUACAGAUAAUCUACCUGUAUCCAUUUCAAAUAUGACCAAUUAAUUUACCUUAAACUUAAAUAUACAAAUGUUAGCCAAUCAUCUGUCCUUUACUUUUUUCAUGUGAAUUUUUUGCCAAUCACCAGCUGUCUAAGCCCAUCAUAGCAAAUCUGUUCUGCCCAAUCAGAUUUCUAUGUUUGAGGUCGACUUUUUAAAAAACAAAAAUACAAAAAUGAGGCGGAUGCACAGAGCAACUAUGAACUCAACAGCUUGCUGAGAAAACAUCUCUCUAAUUAUGAGAAGAUUCUGUAUUUCAAUAUGGAUUUUUUUCUUUUAUUUUAUUUUUUAAAGUUAGAUGCAAAACUAAUCAAGGGAACUUACCGAGUGUAUUUUUGUCUCUGAUGUGAUCUGAGUGUUCAGUGGCAUUUAUGGGCGUUUAUGUAGGAAGUGUUUUCUCUGUUUUCUGUGGCAAAAGAAAAGCUGCCAGCACCUUUACAAGCGUCUUUCGGCCUCCCCUGUGAGGUUUACUUAAUGGUCAUUUAUUUUCCCGCUCUUGCUCGCCAUUACAGAAGCAGUGUUUGAAUUUGUACCCUUCUGAGGUAAACCCUGUCAUUGUAUUUAAAUCUGAUCAAUAAAAAUGAGCAAAGUGUCA